CAGUACUUUGCACCGAAAUCUGAUAUGAUGAAUUAAUUUGCACAAAAAAAUGUGUACCGUUUGCUUUUCUGCUGCGUAUCAGAUCUUCAUCUUUACUUUCUCUGCUUUUUCCAACAUAAAGACUAACUUAUUUACGUUGCGUUCUAGGUAUCGUGGAGGGUUGGAUGUGGCAGGUGAUCAGACCGGAGAGUAAUCAGUCUACACUGAGUACAAAGACCGAGAGAUCAUGUUCCACGUGUCUACUCUCUUACCUUUUGAUGAGCAGGAUUCUCAACAGGUUCAGAGGAAGAGGCACAUUGGCAACGACAUUGUCGUUGUUGUGUUCCAGGAAGAAAACACACCGUUCUGUCCAAAUAUGGUUCGGUCACACUUCGUUCACUGCUACAUUGUUGUUCAGGUGGAGCAUCCUAACACAGACCACACUGUCUACAAGGUGUCAAUGGCGUGCAAGGACCAAGUCCCUGAUUUCGGACCGCCACUCUGCUCACCAUCCAUCUUCCGAAAGGGACCAGAAUUCAGAGAUUGGCUCAUCACAAAGCUACUCAAUGCCGAGUUCAAUUGUCACAAGGCUCCAGACUUCCUGAAGCUAGCGAUGCGGACUCACUCGCAGCUCUUUCGGCAUCUUGUCGAUGACAUUGCCAACACAAUGGAUGAUUUUGACCACCCAUCACUGGGGAAAGGAAAAUUUGCACAGGUGUUUGAAGUGACAAAAUCACCUCGUCGACAGCGAAGGAAGACUUUCUCAAGCAUAUUCAACAGGAAGGAGUCGUUUGCUGUCACUCAACCGAAAAAGAAACUGUCAGAAACAGUUGCUCCUUCGGGAAAGAGCUCCAGCUACCAGAAGCUUCGGAUGAUCAGGGGUUCUAAGAGCUCUUCCAGGAUGAACCUGCCGCCAAUGAUGUUUGGCAGCACACCAGACCUUAGCAUAAUUGCCGAGCAAUCUUCUCGCUCGUUCACUGACAGCCCAGAUGAAGCCAAAAGUGCUGAAAAUACACUCACCAAGAGCAACAAGGUCAAACGGCGGUUCACCUUCACAAGAUCCAAGUCCCCCAAAUCGGGCACACGGCGAAACUCGGAAGCGGCGACACAAUCCGGCGAAUUCUCAUCGAAUCUCUUUCGCCGUCGGAAGGAAUCCACCCAAGGUGCAAAGGUGGUCUCGCGUACCUCCAAGAGAGACAGCUCAGAUGAGUCGUCUAUAAACUGGAGCAUACCUUCGGAUCUUCCCGGCAUUGUGGAAGGGAAGAUGGACCGAGGAUCGAUGGAAAAUAUGUUUGCGGAAGUAGAGGAGCUGCGUGCCCGCUGCCAGUCAACCCCAACUAUUGCUGAGAGGAGGGAGAGCAUCUCUUCGGUUGACACGGAAGAAAUGAGGGUGCCUCACAAUGGGCCUAUAAUGGUCAACGUAGGAGUCCAAGUAGACACUGCUGACCCCAUCUUUCAGUUUCCGAGUGCGUUCCCAGGCAGCCACUAUGGUUUUUAUCACAGUGGCUCUAAUAGAAGCCCGCCAGAAACUCGAUCGGUGCCACAGAGUCCGUACAGCCUCGGGCGAAAUCGGAGGAGUGGAGCUCCAAGAGUAGUGUCCUGGGGGGUUUCAUCGAUGGGUAAUGGAGAUGUAAUGCGACCGCUGGACCAGAGACUCGAUGGCACCAGUAGCAGAAGAACUGCUCAUAUCGGAUCAUCUCCCCAGCUCAACACAGGUCGCACUAACGGUCAUUUCACGGAUACUCAAAAGAGAGACAAUGAGAAGCAGAUUAUGAGGGAAAGCUCACUGGACAGUGUCUCAACUGAUUUGGAUGAUGUCUGUGGUAAGCAUCUACGCAGCGGCUAGUAAGACUUACAAGUGUAUCUAUAUACACCAACAGAAACUGAUGUAGGGUUAAAUUAUCAUAAGUAUUUACCUACUAGAAUCAGAGAUUACAGUCCAUACAGUUCACCAAUGCAUUGAACUUCCAUGUGCAUCCCCUUACAUUCACAUUCACCAUUUCCUCUUGUUGCGUAGAUUCUUGGUGAGUUCACUGCCAAAACCUGACAGUUGAGUCGAGCAAACUCCACGAAGAUAACGUGACCUCACACCAGAAAACCUGGUAAGUGAAAAGAUAUGACACUUUGGUGUAUCAUUGGAAAAAGAGACAUUGUAAUUCAUCAGUAUUUGCAGACGUGCACAUAGUGCAAAAUGACUUGUGCACUAUACAAAUCACAGACAUCGAUUCCUUCCUAUUUAUUUCAUAUGCAAAUAUCAUGUGAGUUUAGCAUCAAGCAAGCAGUGCAUUCAGAUUGAUCGUGUACAUCGCAUCGUCAACGAGACUCGUGAUUCCUUCAUCUUUCGCGUGUGUGAUUACUUAAACUCUAGUACACAGAUCAACUUCAUAAUGAUCCAAUCUUGCCAAUAAGCAU